AUGUCCUUAACACUUAAAAUCUCCUCCCUUGUCAUUCGCACACUUUCCAAGCCUAUUGCGAACCAAAUCAAGGCACAAGCACGGGAGCAUGAACGGUUUCGCCAUAUAUGUGUCUCAAUGGCACAGGCCAUGCAUCGUUUUGACAUGCGCCUCCGACUAGGAUCCAUUCGUGACACCACUGCCUCACGCAAACAGGCCGAGGCCCAGGCCGCGGCGAAGAAGCACAUCCCUACCUCCCCGACCGUCAAGACGGAGGCGGCCACCAAAGCUGAAGAAGAAGCUGUUGCGAAGGCAAAGGCAGCCGCCGAGGAGGCCGCCAAACCACAACAUUACCGAAUUCGACCACUUUCCGAAUCAAAAGCCAUCGAGUCCGGGGCUAACUUCAUUAGCGAAACGUUUCUGUUCCUGGUGGCUGGUGGGUUGAUUGUCUUUGAGUCCUGGCGAUCGCGGCGCAAGGAGAGCACCCGCAGAGAAGGUGUAGAGGAUCGUCUUAUGGAGCUGGAACAAUCCGAGAAAACCGCGCGGGAGGCUCUUGUGGCUCUGGAGAAGGAGCUGCUGGCCCUCAAAGCCAAACAUGGGGAAACAUCCCAGACCACCAAGCGCAUCCUUCCUCGGGAGGUAUAUGAAGUCAAUUCGGAAACAGAGCAGCCUGUGAUUGAGGAGAGCUGGUGGUCGACCCUCACAUCGUAUCUCUCUUUCGGUCCAAGUUCUGUGAGCAACCCUCCGGCCGCAUCAUCUGCAAAUCCGACUUCAAACUCAACGGAUGCCAAAACGAUCACCAGUCAGCCAGCAACUUCGAGUGUAUCAUCAACUCCCACCUCUUGA